GUCAAAGGGAGGAAAAGAAAAACUGCAGACUAUCCUUUCAUGUAGCUAAAUAGGCAGAAAUUGACGGACACCCACUGACGCGAGUUUGCUUCUUCUUCAAAUCUUUUGAAAAGCUGCAGAGAGAGAGGGAACAGCCAUGAGUCUGCUGUGAUAAUGGAUCGCAACAGGACAGGAAGAAACAGAAAACAGAAAUACGGUCAUUACGACAGCAUCACAGAGCCUGAGUACGACGUGGUGGACGACCAGGAGGAUGUGCACAGUGUGCGCAUACUUCCCGCAAGGCCAUUAAAUGAGGAGAGAGAGUACGCAGACAGGAAUCUUCCAAGGUCAGCAUCUGGUCAGGACCUGUCAUCAAAGUUCACUGGUAACUCUAACAUGGUCCCAAGAUGUCCACCCAGAGUAUUCCCAUUUAUUUCAGGGCCGGCUGUGAAUCGAGACUUGAAGCCAGGCAAAAAAAAGACCAGAUUAGACGAGCGGGUCCGACCUGCAUUGCCAAGAGACCAGGUAAACACAUGUACCAUAUACAGCAUGCUUUUGUGUCUUUAAAUUGUGUUGACUGCAAUUCAUGAGUCAUUUUUCUCUCUAAUUUCACAGCACUCACUCAGGCGGUCUCCGUCACCUCCGCCGUUCACCUUGGAGUUAGCCAAAAAAUUGCCUGGACUCACUCUACAUGAACCCUGCAGGAGAGAUCAACAGAGAGCAACUAAAAAGGUAGAAGGCAAUUUACGUAUGAGAGAUCUACAGAGUGCUGGAAAUGAUUCAGGUUCCUACAUCAAUCAAAGACAUUCUUUGGAUUUGGAGACUCAUCAGCUAGAUAUAAGGUCACAACAAAAUCUCGAAAGAGUGUCAUCAAAACGUCAUCACCACGAGUGGCCGCAAACCAAAGAAGAUAUUGACCAACAUGAUUUUGUUGCAAUGGAGAAGCCUCAACAGACCAACUGUGAAGAGGACUGGUAUGUUGGGCCGUGUAGUCGAGCAGAUGCUGAGCAUGCCUUACACCUGGUGAACAAGGACGGCGCAUUUUUGGUGCGAGACUGUUCCGUCAACUCCAACAGCGAACCCUUGGUGUUGGCCGUGUAUCACGAGAAGAAAGUUUACAAUGUAAAGAUUCGGUUCAUGAAGAGCCACAACAAGUACGCCCUGGGAACAGGACAGCGGUCAAAUGAUAUGUUUAACUCGGUGACAGACAUCAUCAAGUUUCACUCCAUAUUCCCAAUCAUACUCGUCAGUGGGAGAACGAUGAUGGGAAGCAAAUACCCAGAAAACUGUGUGCUGACAUGUCCUGUAACAAAGAGGGAUGUUGACAUGCUGCUACAAUGACACACGCACCUCUCAAGAAAAAGAAAAAAAUCUGUCGUAUCCCAUCUGGUUCAUCACAUCCUA